GUUUGAUGCUGUUAUGCCGUAGUGCCUGUCUGGUGACAGUAGAGCGUGGAAUAUAUCUCAUACCCGAGUCGCUGAAAUGGAAAUAUUUAGCUUUGCCGCCUUCCCCUUAGUUACUGUAUUAACACUAGUGAUAGGCCCAGUCCUUGGUUACCCUGAGUACGUGAAAGAGAUUCCGAAUGGGGAUAAAGUUCCGGAUCCCUGUAGAAAAGAUAAAUUAUGGAAAGGUGUGGGGCAUAUUAACACUAAGGGCGGAGGGCAGAGGAACCCAUUUGGCAAAAUAUUUGCUGAGAACGGAAAAACCUGGGCCGGGAUUGUCUGUGACUCGGAUUCUGAUGGGGAUGGAAUCACUAACGGGGCAGAGCUGGGGGACCCAGACUGUGAGUGGAGUAAAGGCCAGACGCCGAGCCAAACACAUAACAUAACGCACCCAGGCAUCUGUGAGCCGCUGAGUAGCGAGCAUUGCAAGAAGAAGAACUCAUGGUUGACCUGUCCAGAGGCAGAGCCGGAAACGGAUCCCUUCUGUCCGGAGUUCUCCCAACCAGAUGUAAAGACCGUGGAUCUUAACCUGAAAAGAACGAGAGUCCCCUCAAAAAGCAGCACCUGGAUGUGUCAGAUUCUGCAAUGGCCGUCAGAAGGGGACUAUCACGUGAUCGGGAGCAAGCCUCUUAUUGACAACAGUGACGUCGCUCACCACGUGGUUGCCUUCGGUUGUUCAGGAGACGUCGAGAUGAGGGAAGGUCCCUUUGAAUGUAAAAUGACCCCAGACAAACAAUGUCUGGAUAUUCUUCUAACGUGGACCAUGGGGUCAAAGGGUGAAUGCUUACACAAGAACGAGGGAUUCCGAGUGGGCAAAAAUGGCUACAAAUAUAUCGCUGUACAGGUUCAUUGGAAUAACCCAGGCCAGAAAACAGGUCACGAAGACGGUUCGGGAUUACAGAUUUUCUACACUAGUAACAAGCGUCAAUUUGACUCCGUCAUUAUGGCCGUGGGUCAGCAGUACCUGGCUAUUCCGCCUAACACCCCCAGCAUAGAGUUUAAUUCUACCUGCCCAGCCUUUUGUACAGAAAACAUGUUCCAGAAGCCUAUCUUCAUCACCAGAGCUGUCAACCACAUGCACUUACUUGGAAUAAAGCAGAAAGUCAGUAUUUACAGAGACGGGGAGAUCCUCAAAGAAUUAACCAACGAUAAGGAAUACGACUAUAACUCGCCAACCUUUUACAGGUUUGAUCCACCUAUUGAAGUUAGGCCUGGAGAUGAAAUCCGUACCACAUGCACCUACUCCAGUGUAGGAAUCAAUAGAACUACUUUUUACGGAGACAGUGUGACGGACGAGAUGUGCUUCGGUUUUUUGACCUAUUACCCUCAGCAGAAUUCAUACACACAAUUCUGUACAUCAUUCAAGAAUGUUCUUCUCUGCAAACGCUAUCUUCCACGUCUCCAAGGUGUUUAUGAUAACUGUUCAUGGAGAGCUUUCAGGUCAGGACAGGACAAAGUAGAGAUGGAAAUUACAAAGCAACUGAAAUCAGAGUGUGGCAAUAAGACCACGUGUUCCAGGGCAUGCGCAGAUGCAGUGGAAGCAAUGGCUAGGCAUCCAUGUUUGCAAGGCGAUAUUCAAGGUUACAUUAUAGAACAUUGGUCAAUGCGGGAAGAGUUUCAGAAAUACACUGAAAUGUGUAAGGAGAAAACCUCAGUAACAGGUGCAAACAAAUCUGGUUACAACAGUGCAAACUGUCAUAAAACAAACAGUGUCCUGUUAUCGAUAAUAUCUCUAUUGGUAUACGCCUUAGUACAUAGAUAGGGAAAAAAUAACUAGUACUUGCUUAAACAAGAAGUUCAUGUAUGAGAAAAAUCUUCAAUACUGGAAGAAAUAGGGUAGAGAGCCUUUAACUUAUUUGCCAUCUUAAAAUAAAAUUAGAGAUUCUGUGAUUCUUACAAAAUUUACAUUGGGGUAAUAACUUACGCCAUAGAAUGAUAUUGAAGUCCGUUGUUUGUUGUCGAAUCCAUAGUAUCGUGCAAUCAGAUAUUGUGACCAGUAAUCAAACCAAGGACCAAUCCUUUCAUUUUUUUUAUAUAUGUUAAGGAAGUUUUCAUCGGCAGCCAUAUACCUGUAAGUGUGAUAUGAAGUUUCCGAUACAGCAAAGAAAAUCCACCUUUCUGAGUCUAUCCCUUUAGAUUUGAAUUCAAAAGUUAUUUUGCUAUGUUUAUAUAUUGAAUUUCUGAGCAUUGUUAACUUUUUUUAAAGUAGUACUAAAGAGAGUUAUUAGAAACAUCAAUUAUGUUUUGACAUUUUAGAUACGCUUUGUCUUGAAAAUCUUGAUUACAAGAUUCGUCGAAAUGAUAUACAUGUAUAAAGAUUCUGUUUUCAAUUUCCCUUCUAGCAUUUAUUUUCUCUGACAAUGGAAAUUUUUUCUAAUUUCCAUAAUGAUAUAUUUCUCGGUAUGAAUGGAAUAAGUGCUUUUGUAUGUACAUGUACAUUUGUACAUAUUUUCAACUGUGAACGAAUGCUUGUGAACUCAUUUCUAUAGACAUUGUACAUAUCAUUCCAUUCCUGCAAUGAAUAAGAGGUAGUUUUAUCAGCUAUGGUUAUAUCUGUAUAUCGAGUGAUUUUUACCAUUCUCUGAAAUUGAUACUCAUUCGACACUGAACAUUCUUUAUUGCGACUUUUUAAUAACCAUUUUUAUUUUAAUAAUAACUAUUUUUCACAACUCAUUUUCAAUGUUACAAGAUCUAUAUAACACGAAAGUUUUAUAUAAAAACAAUCUAAAAUUGAUAAAUUUGGUUUGAAGAUCUUUCAAUGACUUUAGACAACUGACAAGACACUUGAUAUACUGCCUGGAGAUCAGACAUCCCGAUAAGGAUUUGCCUAUUAUAAUUUUUCCAUAGUAUUCCUAAUCUUACUGUAGCACUUUCUGUAGUCCUUUUGUUAUGUAAUACAUCUGGAGAAUAAAUAUUGUCUAUAUUAACAUUAAACAAGGUUCAUAGAUAAUUAAGUAAUAAUGUAUAAAUAUAUGUAUUAUUCCGCUAACGUCAUGUUUAUUUUGAGAUGAGGAAAUCACAUAUCGAACAACAUAAAACGAGAGAUAAGGAACAUUGAUAUAGAUACAUGUUCACAAAUGCUGAUUAUAAAAGCAUGUACUUAAUAAGGGUAAAUAAUUUUAAAUGUAUUUACUAUUCAUUUACGUGUGUUCAUUUGUAAAGACGUUUAAAUGACUCUUUGCUACUGUAUUUAUUAGUGUAUGUGAAUGCAAUGCAAAUGUAUUCUUGUUGGAGUGCAUGAAAUUUCAAAUAAAUUUGUAUUAUUUUA